UGUUAGUUGAGAAACAGAAGUUGAUCAGCAUUCGCGGGAAACGAAAAUUCAUCUCCGAGAUUCCCUUCCUUUCAUCUCAGCUCGAUUUCUAGGGUUCCGAACACCCAAUUUCCCCCGAAGUUUGAUCACAGUCGCGGUCGGAUCCUAAUGCUUCCUUGAACAAUUUUAUUCAUUGCAACUUCAACAAGCUGGUCAGAGUAUAAUCUGUGCUUUCGCGAUCCAAGCAAGUGCGCUAUCAGCUAAGCUUCAGUGAUCAGAAUGCUCAGAUAACGGAAUAAUCACUUAUGUGAAUGCUUCACUGCUGUACUGGAAUUGAAGUAUGUGAGCUUAGGGGUUCCUUCGCUGGUUUCAGGGUAGGCGAGACAGAUUGAAAGCGAAGAAAAGGAAGAGGGAACCGUGUAAUGGAGUCCCAGACCCAGAAUACCUCGUUGCACCGUCUUCAGAAUGUGGAAAAGACCGUUGUCAAGGUUUUGGAACUCGCUGGAGGAGUGAUGGAUGAACUGGCGAAUCCCAUGGGACCCAGAAAGGAAUUCAUCAAUAACCAUUGCCGUGAGUUCAUGCAAAUGAUCAAGGACAUCCAGUUCACUUUGCGGAAUGAAAUCAAAAGUACGUGCGAGUACCGUCCUUUUGAGAAGUGUGACUACAACUCGAGGAUAUCGAAUGAAAUCUGCUUCGACAAGCUGGAGUACCUUACUUCCCUUUUGGAUGGCUUGGAAGAAUCUAUUGACCAAUAUCAUGCUGCCGAUGAUGCAGCUGCAACCGCUGUUCCCUCUGAUUGAUUGAUGACGGUUACGCAUCAUGUCCUCCGUUUGUGAGUUUCUGUUGCAGCCACUUGGAGCAUCGAGCACACAUUGCAAAGUCAAAACUUCAGCAUCCAUUUGAGCCAAGCACGUCGACAAGCCAGAUCUCCUUUUGCUGAAUAGGGCAGGGAUUGAUUACAAAUUUCUUCUAGUUAAAUGUCGGUAGUAGUUCCGUUUCAUGCUUGCUGUUUGAACCCUCAAUUUAGUUUGUAUUAGUUGAUCUUAUUCUCCACAGAAUUGAAAUGAGCAGUUGUUUAUGAGAGAUCAC